AUGCGGAGCUGGAUCUCGGCGAAGAUUCGACGGGAGGUAUUCAACUGGCACAGGUUCGGGGCCGUCGCUACCAUCUCCGUAAAUUUGAGUGUGAAUUGGGGUUGGUGGGGCAGUACUGGAAGAAUUCAGACAGGUCAGACAGUUGGUGGUAACAGAAAUGCCCGCUGGGCGGAUGGCGAGGUAAGACCAUGGCCAGCCCGUACGGAAGCUCUACCGUUCCGCAGAAUCCGCGCGUGUUUGACUUGUAUCGAGGCGUCGUAUGGCUGGACGGGCAAGCAUGUCGGGCAGAAGACGCAUUGCGGGCAAGGCGGGACUCGACGUGAACGCCGAGUGCUAGGAUUUGGAUUUAUCCGUCGACCGCCAGAGCACUCCUGCGCCAAGCAUAGUUCAACCACCGCCGGCGACGGUAUCGCCAGAUUGCUGACCGGUAGCUGGAACGACGACGGGCUCAAUUCACCAAGUGUGAACAAAGAUGUACCGCUCAGCAGCAAUGCGAAAGGGGGAUUACCAAGCGGUAGACAUGGCGAUACCUUGUGGGAACCAUGGGGUCACGACGCAAAUCACAGGCGUAUCACGAAGGGGAGGACUUGCCCUCAACACCGAGUCGACGCGUGGGAUGAUAUGCAGAUGCCCAAAGAGGACCGGAUGAGGUCGCUCCUCUCUUCAUUCUCAUCCUUUGGCCUCGAAUUUUCUCGUAAGUGGUUUUUGUGGACCAGCGCAGCAGAUUUUCCGCGAGUACCAGGUCAGUUCUUCCUGCUAGUCUCGGGACUUCUGCUUUGCGUUCAUGGCAUAGACCGGCAUUACGCUGAAAGCAGUCCUCUGUCAAGCAUUCUAUCUUCUCCAACCCUCCCCUCUCCACCCGAAACGCCGAUCGCUCGAAAUCUGUACACGAUUGAAACAUCCUCUCUUCAAGAUGGCGAUCACUAUGCAGCAUUUACCCGCCUAAUCGUCUUUUAUCCGGCCGCGAGCCACAAGGCUGAGAAAUCUCCAGGCCGUUCCACCGAGUAUCAUAGCAAAAAUGCCUUCAUUAUCCUCGUCUCGGAGGAGACAUUGCAGAUGAGUCUCGAACAUUACACUAAAAUGGCUUCUGACCCUUUCCUCCGAGAUUACACAGCUCUCCUGUCUUUCUUGUGUGACGAGGAAGUUUUCACAUCUUCUUCCUCUGUCAUGUUCGUAAAGGCAACUGAGAAUCACAAGGUUGAGACUGUAUCUGCUGGGUACUUGCCGGGACGUGUAAGCUUUGCUCCAACAAGUAUCAAACCACCAAAACCCGACAGGCACCAAUUUGCAAAACUGCUAAGACACUCAAUAUCAAAUACCUAA